GCCUCAGACCAUGGCUGUCCUGUUCCUGGUGCUGCUACUAGGACUGUCCAUCUUUCACAUGGGACUUUUUGUCUGGGUCAUCUUUAAGCAUUUCCUCACCACAGAUGUUCCCUCUGCCUUGCAACAUCCUGUGAAACUCAGGUUUCUGCAUUGUUUUUUCCUAUAUGUGACCACUUUGGGGAAUAUGCUAGAGAAGAUGAGAAUUUGCUCCAUGCCCAGAUUUGUCCGCUUUGUACAUGACAUAAUGAGUGAAAAGAAGAAGGACCCUAGAGUGAUGGUGACUGACCUACAAUUUGGGACAAUCCCUGUGAGGCUGUUUCAGCCCAAAGCAACCUCCUGCAGCUCCCGGCGAGGUAUCAUCUUUUACCACGGAGGAGCUGCAGUGUUCGGCAGCCUGAAUAUGUACCAUAACCUGUGCAUUUUCCUUACCUGGAAGACGGAUUCUGUACUGUUGUGUGUGGGGUACAGGAAGCUUCCUGACCACCAUUACCCUGUCAUUACCAAGGACUGUCUGAAUGCCACCAUCCACUUCCUGAAGAGCUUGGAAACCUAUGGUGUGGACCCUUCCCGGGUUGUGGUCUGUGGGGAAAGUGCUGGAGGAUUGACAGCAGCCCAGAUCACCCAGAUCUUGGUGGCCCAAAGAGACCUUCCCAAGAUCCGGGCUCAAGUUCUGAUUUAUCCAGUCAUCCAGGGCGUCAAUUACCAGUUACCAUCCACACAGCAGAACCAAAAUGUGCCAUUCCUCACCCGAGACUUCAUGUUGACGUGUGUUUGUAGAUAUAUGGCCAUUGACCUCUCCUGGAAAGACGUCAUGCUGAAAGGAGCCUAUAUACCCCCAGAAACCUGGAAGAAGUACAGAAAAUGGCUCAGUUCUGAAAAUAUCUCCAAGAAUUUAAAGAACAAAGACCUGGAACCCCAGUUUCCUGGGCCUUUUAAUGAGGCUGCCUAUCUGGAAACCAAACAUCUGCUCGAUGUAGAAAAUGCCCCCCUCUUAGCUGAUGAUGAAACCAUUGCUCAGCUUCCUGAGGCCUUCUUGGUGAGCUGUGAGAAUGACGUCCUCCGUGAUCACACCUUGCUCUACAAGAAGCGCUUGGAAGACCAGGGAGUCCCUGUGAGCUGGUACCAUGUGGAGGAUGGAUUUCAUGGAUGUGCAGCUUUUUUAAAUAUGAAGUCUUUUUCUUUCCCAUGCUCAAUGAAAAUAUUGAAUGCUGUAGCCAGCUACGUAAAGAGCAUAUGAAAGUAAUACUUGGGCCUUGAGUAGUGUAGGGUCGGGAUAUUUCUGCCACAGCAUGGGAUUCUAUUGAGUUCUACUUCACUGCAGAGGAAAAUGCUAAUUCAUCACCACUCAGUUAGGGAGAAUAAGAUUGAGUGAAGAACUGUCUUUACUUCCUAGAAAAUAAAAGU